AUGUCAGCGAGUGUUGGCAGAGUCAGCAGGCAAAUCAUGAGAGCUAUCAGAGUUGCCUCUUUUGGAGGACCUGAGAAUUUGAAGCUGGAAACUAAUGUUCCAGUUCCGUCACCAGGACCUAAUGAGAAAGGGGAUAGGGUUUUUACAAUCAACAGCGUCAGUGGCACAUAUGCUGAGUACACAAAGUCAAGCACACUAUCAGUUGCACGCCUUGAUAGCAAAUUGUCAUUCAACCAAGGAGCUAGUAUAGGCAUCCCAUACUACACAGCGUAUAAGUCUCUGUUUUUCAGAGCGAAUGCCAAGCCUGGGGAGACAGUGUUGGUUCAUGGAGCAAGCGGAGCAGUGGGUAUUGCCGCUGUGCAGAUCUGCAGAGCAUAUGGUCUCCGUGUGAUUGGGACUGCUGGGACAAAGGAGGGAAUUGAACUGAUAAAGCAGAAUGGUGUAGAGCUGGCUUUUAACCACAGAGAAGAUGGCUAUAUCGAGAAGUUGCAGGAAGCAGUGGGAGGUGUGGAUGUGAUUUUGGAGAUGCUGUCCAAUGUGAAUCUUCAAAAUGACCUUGGCCUGGUUAACUUUAGAGGAAGGAUUGUGGUGAUUGGGUGCAGAGGUACAAUUGAAAUCAACCCUCGACUUAUUAUGACAAAAGAAAGUUCAAUUUCGGGUGUGGCAUUGAUGACUUCAACAGAGGCUGAAUGGCGAACAAUGCAUGCAGCUUUAGAAGCUGGACAAAGAGCAGGAUGGCUAGUUCCUGUUGUGGCUAAAGUCUACCCACUGUCUGAGGCUGCUCAAGCUCAGAGGGAUGUCAUUAGCAACUCUGGCACAUUUGGGAACCUUGUUAUUGAUGUUACAAAAUAG